UUAGAUGAGCCGUCCGUGUGGGUAGAUCUGGUGAGGGCCGUUGGUUUGGAGUUCAGGUCUGUGCUGGAGGUUCGGGCUCUUUCCGACGGAAUAAAUGGAGGUGGAAGGGUAGCCGUGCCGGUGAAACGACAGAGAUUUUGCCGUUGAUUCAUUGUCUUCUUCCCUCAACACUUCCUUCCGCCGGUGGCGAUCAAGCUAUAUGAUCACGUUUGGAAUUGCAUUCUACAGUCAUUGCCAUUAAGGAAACUGCCUAAGUAGGAGUUUCAUGGCAUCAAGACGACAUGUUAGGUACUCUCCUCUUGCUGCAGAUGACAAUGAUGAUCACAUGAAGGAAGACGUUCGCUUUGCCUACAACCCCAAGGCUUUUGACAGAGUUCCAUGGAAAUCAGUAGCUCUUGCACUUUUUCUCCUGGCCCUUGGGACUCUUCUCCUUAUUCUAUCAGUCUUCAUCUUUACAGACCAUAUGGAGGGUGAGCAAUCCCAAGCAUAUGGCCUCUUGGCGCUUGGUAGCCUUGCAUUUCUUCCGGGUUUCUAUGAGACUCGGAUUGCAUAUUACUCCUGGAGGGGCGCACCAGGGUAUCGGUUUUCUGCCAUUCCCAGCUAGUGCAAGUUGCGUGCUGGGGAAUGUGGAAUGUGAUACAUUAUAAAAAUAACAGUUCAACUCCACCUCAAUCUGUCUUACCAACUUUGUUUAGCAUCAGUUCAAAUCUUUUGUCCCCGAAUCCCGUGUCCCCUCUGUCCCACUCGUUGAUUGGACGAGUCAUGUAACAUCUUAAGGAUAUGGUACACAUCACGAGGUUAUCACAUACAUCCGAUCGACAAGACCUCUCUGACAGAAGAUUUGAACUGGUUUAGCAUAGCUUGUUAUGCAACUUUGAUGGUUGCUCACACGUUUCACAAAUUGUCAUGCGUGGAAUGGCUUUGUGAUCUUAUAGCCUGGUAGAUCUUGAGUUUGGAAAUGUUUCCACAAGAAGUUUA